ACUUCCGGGCGGCCCCCGGGCGGGGCCCGAGCAAGGGCUGCUGCCCUGAUCUGGUUCGGCUGUGCUGCUCGCCACGUCCCACGCCUGGCCACCAGUGCUUUCUUGUCGGCGGAGGGCCGCGGACCUGCCGCGUCCGGAUGCGUCUGUUACCACUGUGGAGCAUCUGCAUCAGUCCCACGUGUGCCACAAAGCAUGCCAUGGCCUGGGAGUACCCUACCAAGGUGCCCUCACCUGCAAAGCCAAACUUUACCUGGCGAGCAGACAGUGCCAAGCCCACAGCUCCCCAAGGAGGAAGCUGUCCCAGCCUGCAAGCCUGCCCUGAGCAGCUGCCUCUGAUCCCUCGGCCAGGCAGAAGGGAACCAUUAAUAGCCUGAGGAGCCAACCAGCUGGGAGCCUCAGGGGCCACACCACGCUGCUCUCAGCUUACCUGCAAGAUGUGGACAGCCCUCAUGCUGGCUUGGAUUUUCUCCUUGUCCUUAUCUGGAAGCCAGGUGGCAUCUGACAAGCCGCGGUCCUUAAUCCCUAACAAGGUGUGGAUUAAAGUAGUCAAGAAAGUGGAAACAGUUAGAGGGGAUCAUGAGACGUCUGAGAAACCAACUACAGUGACUUCUUCUCUGGUCGAGUUCACCAAAGGGACUUUGGCAACCAGCCUCAACUCUACUAAAGUCACAGCAGAGACAACACACAGGACAAACAUGAGCACUCUAGCAUCUGCGGAAGGUGCAAUGGACAAUGCGACCUCCAGAGCUCUCACAGCGCCCAAGUCACCCAUCCUGACGUCACCCAUCCCCACAUCAGUGUGGCAGACCCCAACCACAGCUACCACUGGGCUUCUGACUCUCAGCACACCUCAUACACAAGUGCCAAGUAGCAAUGCAUCUUCAAGGACAGCAGCAAGGGCAACAUUGGCCACAAAUAACCAGACUGCUGCUGCCAACACAGGCAGCCCCUCCAGCACUCUCAGUUCCUCAGCACACACACCCACUUACUCCACAGUGAGCCCGCCACCUACCGUGGGUCCUCAAGCACAAGGUCCCACCAGCCAGGUGUCAACGGCCCAGUCAGUGCUUAGCACAGCAGGUAGGUCUCCAUCUGCCCCCUCAAAUACCACCCGCGAGGCCACCACCACCCCUCCCAUGGCUUUGGUGUCCUCCACAGCAGUGGCCACCACCCGGGCUCAAGCUAAGGAGCCAACUACCAGCACAAUGCCAGCACCUCCCACCAGCCAGACCCCUGAGGUUGUAGCCAUGUUCCCCACAACACUGCCAAGCCCUGUGUCAUCUACCCAUGGGGCUGGAAGGCCAGUCACCCCCCAGACAUCAGAGCCAGUGGAGACCAAAGCCACACCUGGAACUGCCUGUGCUGGGCUGACACCUAGGAGUCCAGGGGACCCCAAGAUGCCAGCUACAGAUUUGUGCCAGCCAAGCACUGACGGCCAGUACCUAGUGGUCACCACUGAGCCCUUGAUCCCAUCUUUGGUGAACAAAACGUUCCUCCUGGCGGUGCUUAUACUUGGAGUAACCCUUUUUGUCACAGUCUUGGUUUUGUUUGCCCUGCAAGCCUAUGAAAGCUACAAGAAGAAGGAUUACACCCAGGUGGACUAUCUAAUCAAUGGCAUGUACGCAGACUCAGAGAUGUGAGCACAGGCUGGGGCUGGCCUGGGACCACCACAGCUCAGGGCAAGGCUGGGCCUCUUCCUCCACCUUCCAUUUUGCCUCUGAGACCAAACCAAGUGCUUCCAAAUCCUUUUGGUGCAAUUUUGGAGAUAUGCCAGAUGCUUAGAUACAUUUAACCACUGUCAGAUUAAUUCCAUCAUCAUGAAAGAGUUGCUGCUUUUUCAUAUUUAUUUUCGUAAACGAUCAUGACCCAGGAGCAGGUGGUGACUCUGCGGUGGGGUGGGCUGGGGUGGGCAGAAGCCCCGGACCACUUGGCCCCUGGUGUGUCAGAUCUUAACCAGAAUUAAAGCAAUGACUGCUCUCCA